AUGAUGGAUAAUUGUAGCAUGAUCUAACUUGUUAAUCAACUCUUUAUUUAUAAGAAUAGUGAAGCAUAUAUGAUUCAACAAUCCUCGAAGUUACAGAAAAAUAUUAUUUUGAUGGAGCUAACCUUAAUUUAAGGCAAGAUUAUUAGAAUCUUAAUUAUAAACAUAUAGAGAACUUAGAUUAUUUUUAUUAAAUUUAAAGAAUCUUGUUACUAAUCAGAUUUUAUAAUUUUGAACUUAUCUACGUGUUAACUAAAUUGUUUAACUUGUUUGAUUGGCGGAACUGGUUUAGAGUGCUUAUAGUGUUAAAAUGAUUAUAUUCUUAUAAAAGGAGAUUAAAUAAAUAGAAAAAGUUAUUUCACUCUAAAUAAAAGAAUCUUUAGUACAUUGAUCGAAUUUGUAUCCCUCCAAAUUAUUUAACUUAUUAAAAUUAGUGCAAAGUCUGUACUAUUAAGCACUGUUUAUUAUGUUUUGGAUACUAAAGUUACAAUUAAGAUUCUUGUUCUUUAUAAUCUUAAUAUGUAAUAAUUGAAGAUAAUUUGGAAAAUAUCAAAUGUGCACUUUACAAAGAUAAUUACAUUUUUGAUUUUACAAUUAACUUUUGCUUAAUUUAAAAAUCUUAAUUAAAAAGUUGUUAACGUUUAUUUAUCAGUUUUGGAUAAUCAAGAAAGAAGUACUUUAUCAAUUAAUGAUGAUUUCACUAUUGCUCCUGGAAUCAUUUAUUGUUAAAAUUACAUGUUAAUAAUGUUCAUUAAAUAUUAGUAGCGUUAUUUAAUGUAUUCUUUGUCAAAAUGGAUAUAUUAUUGAAAAUAAUUAAUGUCUUUGAACUUUAACUUCCAGAGUAUCUUAUUUAAAAUGGAAAAGUAGAAUUCAAAGUUUUGUGCUCUAAUUUAUUUCUACAUUAAAUAUCGAUGCUUAUUAAAAAUAAAUCUUUCCAUAAGAAAUUGAAAAUUAAUAUUGUUAUUCAGAUUGUUUAGUCUGUGGAUAAGUUUCAUAUAAUUUUUCAGAAUAUGUUGCUUAAAUUACUUCAAAUAAUCAAUUAAGGUUGAGAAUGCUAAAAAUUAUGAGGAUUGUCCAUAGCUUUGUUAAGUUUGUAUUUUUCGCAAAGAAAAAGAAAUUAAAGUAUUAAUUUUUAUAUAUUAAGUAUUUUGAUUACAGAGGAGAAUCUACUAUUUACUAAAAAAUUAUUAAAUCUUAUUUUGAAUCCUGCGAUUUAUUUCGAUCCAUAUAAUUAAGUCACUAGGUAUUGCCUUAAUUGA